CCCCAUGCGGGUACUCAUAAGUCGAAUUCAAAUGUAACGCUAGCUAAUCGUCUUUUCCAUCGGUGAUUUUUGGAAAUAAUAAAAAUAAAAUUAAGCUGUUUUUCCGAAAAUAACGGCUCCAGAUUAUUUCUACGUGCAUUAUAAAACGCGAUUGGCGAGUUCCUAUCGUUCAAAACAGUUUGAGCUUUCAACGAAGUACGAUGUCGGCAGAAUGGAGAUGCAUACGCCGUAAUCAAGACGAAUGUAGGCACUAUCUAGACAAGUUCAAAGUAUUUGACCACCCAUUGAAGCAGUCCACAAUUACAGUUCUGGAAAGCAAAGGAACCCGUACCAAGGUCAGCAACAAUAUCAGCGAAAAUAACAGUGGCACAUCUUCAACCAUAUCAUUGGACCCGCUAAGUUUAGCUCUUGAUGGAUCCGAUCCUCUCAGCCAGUUUGCUCGCCAGGAAUCGUCCCAGGAUCCACUUUCGCAAAUGGCAGCAGAAUUCGAGGGUAACCUGAGCGUUAGCUCCAAAUUGAACCAAAAGAAAAAGGAGGUUACUAAUUUGUUGGAUAUGGAUCUCAUCGAACCAUGGGCCGCACGAAGGGGAGCAAUCCUCAACAAGUACACUACCAACGAAAAACUAUCGAUUGUGACCAGCUUCCUCAGUGGAGGUGAAACCGUCAAAUCCCAAACUACAAUGUCCGAGAAGGUCAAACAUCGGCUAGAACAACUGGACGAGUUCGAGGAAGGCACGGUCCGGCAGAUGUUGGACCUUUCCCAGCAAGAGUAUGUUAUCAAAAUUGAGCAGCUCAAUCACGAACUGGUGCAAGCCUGGAACUCGGACCAGCGGGUGAAGGCACUGAAGAUUGCCAUCCAGUGCUCGAAGCUGCUGGCUGACACCUCGGUUAUUCAGUUCUACCCCUCGAAGUUUGUUCUCAUCACGGACAUUCUGGACAUUUUUGGAAAGCUGGUUCACGAACGAUUGUUACUCAAAGCGGGACAGGGUCGACCUGGGAGCAAGGAAGGCGUCGCCCUUCCGGACAAUUUCACUCCGGAUAUGGUGCCCGAGUCGGCUAAAGAAACGUGCCAAAAUUGGUUCUACAAGAUUGCGUCGAUUCGCGAGUUGUUGCCCAGACUUUACGUUGAGAUGGCCAUCCUCAAGAGCUACCGAUUUCUAUCAGCUAACGAGUUCAGCUCAAUAUUGAUGCGACUGACCCGCAUGAUUCGAGGUGUGGGUGAUCCGUUAGUGGCAACCUACGCUAGAUGUUACCUCUGCAGGGUAGGAAUGGCCAUCACAACCGAUCGGGAGUACAUCAAGGAAAAUUUGAGCGAUAUACUGGAGAUUUAUCAUACCAUUUUCAACGGUGGCAUUCGAGCUGAAAUAGCUAAACACAGAAUCACCUUGGACGGGUAUAUUUCGCUAUACCUCCCUGGGUUGGAUUGGAUCAUGCAGGGUGUGACCAUAUUGAAUACCGAUUCGGAGCUAGAUGACGUUUUGAAACGUUGUAGAGAGAAAAAAAAUCCGGCUCUACUUAUGCAAUCGAUUAUGCAAUCUUAUCGGUCGGAUUUUAUUGCCUUGCGAGCGAUGCAGUUUGUCGAAAUACUGUCAACAAUUUCCGCCGAAGGUUUGUCCCGAGGACAGAUGUUGCGCAUUUUAGGUAGUAUUUUAAGUCACACGCCACCGCCAUCGGAGCAGCGGGGAGCGGUGUUAAAUGCCGCCUGGAGAACAAUAAGCUCAAUGGGUAACGUGGAAGAAUACAUCCAGUGUGCGGAAAUGUGGUCACAAUAUACCAGCCAACACUUUGGGCUGCGAGAAGUUAAUGCGUUGAUGGGGGAUAUUUUGUAUCACAUGACUCCAAAUAGGUCCUACGAACGUCAUUACCACGAGCUGCAAGUUAUUGUGGACAAAAUUGUUUCUAACAGCCAUAACAUUCAUGGAGUCCUAUCGUUGGAAAAUUUUCUGCCUAUGUUGGAUUUGUUUCAAAAGGAGUCGAUAAAAUUGGAUGUCUGCAAAAGUAUUUUGACUAGCUACAAAAGCGCAUCUGGUGAUUUAUACAUAAGCGAUCCUGUGGUCACUAAUGCCUUGAUGUACAUUAGCAAAGUUUUAAAUGAUUCGGUUAAUGCAUUAACAAGUGACGACGAACGCCGGCAGAUUAGCAAUGUUAUAAGUCAUUUUAUUCAAAAGGUAGACUUUGGACGUGAUUUCGAGCAGCAGUUAUCAUUCUACGUUGAGGCACGAUCGGCUUUUUCGAAUCUAGAUCCAGUUUAUUCAACGCUGAUUCAUUGUGUCAAUCGCUUGGCAACAAGCACACGUCGAAUUGUUAAAGGUCAACACACGAACAAAACGGCAGCUUUUGUUAAAGCGUGUGCCGCAUACUGCUUCAUAACUAUCCCGUCUAUAAUAGAUGUUGGUACUCGAAUGGAACUGUACCUUCAAUCAGGACAGGUGGCCCUUUUAAAUGUAUGCCUACAGCAGGCUGAUUCCUGUUUUGAAGCUGCCCUAAAUCUUAUACCGGAGAUGCCACGAACCUUUGAGUUAGACGGAAAAAUCCAAUCAACCGAACCUUUUCUCAAAUCAUUCAUUAUGAACUUUCUCUCAACAUUAGUGAUUGUUCCUGACAAUCCCACUCAAGGUGUCCUCUACCUAUUACGACUGCUACUCGACGUGGUUAAAAAAUAUUCCUAUGAACCAAAUUCAAAUACUAUCGUCUCGAUCUACCUACACAUACUAGAUUUUCUAUCGGUUGCGACCCAAGAAGUUUACCCUUACCACAUCGUUAACGUCAUCUCCAAUGAUGAACUGUACGGUUCGGAUCCGAAGUUCCUUGCUGAAAUCAACAACAUAGCCUGCGAGGUGUGCGAUCAGAUCCUGCAAAGCUUGAAGCAAUUGCUCGAGACGAAUGCCAUCCGGCAACAGUCGCAACUGGCGCUGGAUCUGUUUCUCAAAAUCAUUACUGGAGCCGAUCUGACCGUGGACCGUAUGUAUACGCUUACCUACAACCUGUGGAACCUGGCCGUAAAAAACCGGAGCGUUCUAGACCCGAAACAGCUGCAUCAAAUUUACUCGUACACCGAACAUCUGGCUGAUGUUACACAGAUGGAAUCUCAAAAACAUGCCCUCCAGUUGCUGCUGGAUAAGAUGAAGUCCCGAAUGUGAAACCUGUAGAUUAUCUAUUGCCUCUCAUUUAAAAGGCAUUUUCAAAAACGUACUAUUUCUACAUUUAUUAAGCCUCUUCGAAAGUAUAUUUAAAACACGUUAACUGUAUUAUGCUUUUUUGUUUGUACGUAUCUUGUUAUAUACUGAGUUCAUCAAAGUGCCCUGCUAUAUUUUUAUAUUUUUCAACAUUCCUGUAUUAAAAUAGUUGUAAACUGGAA